AUGCAGAAUCCGCUGAGCAACCUGGACAACGUAGUCCUCAACAAGGCAGCGAUGGCAGAGCAGGAGAUGAGGAGCUUCAAGGCGGCUGGAGGGACCUUGGUCGUCGAUACGACCGUGCCAGCGCUCGGUCGGAAUCCGAAGAUGCUGAGAAAGCUGUCGAAGCUCACUGGGGUGCACGUUGUGAUGGGAACAGGGUUCAGCGUUCAUGUGCUUCAUCCCUCUUACCUAGUGGGUGAGAGUACCGAUGAGAUUGCAAUGAAGAUGGAGCGGGACCUGGUGGGAGGGUGUGUGGAGUCUGACGAGGAAGGAGCCAUCAGAGCAGGCGUCAUAGGAGGGAUUGGUGUGUCCUCCAACUUCCAUGAUGAGGAGAGGAGGGUGCUGGUUGCCGCGGCAAGGGUGCAGGCAAGGACGGGAGCUCCUCUUUUCGUGGACCUGGAGCCGGGGUGCAAGCUUGGGAAGGAGGUGAUGGACGUUGUUGCGUCGGAGGGUGCGAGCCUGAAGCGGACGGUGCUGCUGAACAUGGCGUACUCUUGCGACGAUAGAGACUACUUACGAUCCGUCCUGGCUCGAGGCUGCAACGUGUCCAUGGACUGUAUCGGAUGUUCUGGAGCGUUCCUGCAGCACUACAACGUCAUGGCGCCAGGAGACGACCGCAUCGCGCUCUGCAUAGCCGAGAUGGUCUCCCAGGGCUAUGGCGAGCAGAUAGUCCUAUCUCACGGCUUCCAGUACAAGAUGCAGCUGGUAGGAGGAGGAGGGUUCGGACUGCAGCACAUCCCUCGCAACUUCGUUCCGAGGAUGAUGGGCAUGCGACUCGGUGCGGAGCAGAUGGAUCGGAUCUGCAGGGGGAACCUUGCCCGCAUCCUGUCCUACUACGUGAAGCCAGAGGAGUCGGAGCAGGAGGAGGAGGUGUGGGAGUGCAGCAGCUGCAAGCAGAGUUUCCCCAAGUCGAGGCAGUCUUUCAGCAAGUUCACCUUCCAGUACUGCUCGACAACUUGUCUCUCUGCGCACAGGAAAGUAACGAACAACUGGAAAGAUAUCUGA